AUGGCAGACAACCGAGAGAAGAAGCCUUACUUCGGGUUCACCGGGACAUCGCUUGUCAUCUUGAUCACAGUUGCCUGUGCAACUGACAUGACCCUUUUUGGGUACGAUCAAGGUGUUUUCAGUGGUGUUGUUGUUACCCAAGACUUUCUGGAAUUACACGAUUUAGUAGGACCGACGAAGACCAAAACCCUCUCGACCGUUACAGCCAUUUACGAUGUUGGAUGUUUCUUAGGAGCCCUUGUGUCUUUCACAGUUGGGGAACGUCUGGGCCGAAAGAAUUUGAUUCUGGUAGGCACAACUGUCAUGAGUAUUGGUGCUUUGCUCCAGACCACUUCGUAUGGCCUCGCACAGAUGUUUGUUGGACGGGUUGUCGCAGGCAUAGGAAAUGGUAUUAACACGUCCAUGGGCCCUAUCUGGCAGACAGAGACAGCCCCACCACAAUGGAGGGGGAAAUUGGUCCUUGUGGAAAUGGUUAUGAAUAUUUUUGGAUCUGCGCUGGUCAAUUGGAUCAAUUAUGGCUUGUCUUUCUAUGGAGGAGCUAUAGCAUGGCGAUUUCCCCUAGCCUUUCAGUUUUUUUUCAUUAUCAUCUUAUUCUCGACUGUGCCGUGGCUUCCUGAAUCUCCAAGAUGGCUCUUUUCUCAUGACCGCGCAACUGAAGCAGUUGAAGUACUGGCAUGUCUUGAAGAUAAACCCGUCAACGACCCAUUUAUCUCAACGCUUCGCCAAGAGAUCGAAUACAGUAUCCACUACGAGCGUGAGAACCAAACGCAAUGGCGAGACCUUUUCCUAUGCAAGAGGAACCAGGAUACCAAGACCUUCCGCAGGAUUAUCCUAGGGGCUGGCACGCAGCUUAUGCAACAAUUUGAGGGAAUCAACGUCAUGUCCUAUUACAUGCCCACUGUAUUCAUGAAUUCAGUCGGUCUGUCUAAUAGCAUGUCAAGGCUGCUUACGGCCUGCAACACGUCGUCCUACUUUGUCUUCACUUGUAACGCUGUGUUAUUGGUCGAGCAUUUAGGGCGAAGAGGUUUGAUGUUACUUUCGACCUUUGGUCAGUUUGUUUCCUUCCUGAUAAUUACUAUACUGUUGUGCUUGGCAGAGGACAGACCAACAGGAUCAGCUGUUGCAUCCGCCUCUGUUGCUUUCUUCUUCUUGUUCUAUGCCUUCUUUGGGCUCGGUAUGCUCAGUAUUCCAUGGUUAUAUCCAACAGAGAUCAGUUCACUUCCGAUGCGGACUAAGGGUGCGUCCGUUGCAUCGGCUACCAAUUGGAUUUGCAACUUUAUCGUCGUCGAAAUCACGCCCAUCGGUAUCCAAAACAUUAAGUGGAAAUUCUGGAUUGUCUGGACAGUUCUGACUGCUACUUACCUCCCGGUUAUCUACCUUUUCUAUCCAGAAACAGCCAACCGCAGUCUGGAAGACAUUGACGCCUACAUUGACGCCUACUACCGCUCCAAUCCCUCCCUUUUUGUUAUCAGAGACCCUGACGGAAUUUGCACAAAGCGCCCUCAAAAGUAUAUUCAACACGAAACUGAGGAGGUACAAAAGAAUUCCAAGCAAAGAACGCUGAAUAUGUAUAAGACACAAUCUCAUAUGGUGGAACAUGUGGAAUAA